CCACAUAGUUUCAAAGAUGCAAAUUAUGAUUUUAUUUAAUUUAUAUAAUUUGAUUUAUUAUCAACCAUCCAUAAAAUUAAGAUAAGACUGUUACAAUCUGCUCUUUGCAAUGAAUCGAAAAUAUUCUGUUAUUUUGCAUAAUACUUUAACUGCAGUUUUGAAUUCUCAACCCAAUUUAAAAUGGCAUGCGAUGCAAAAGCUGGUAUUAUUGUGGUCUCUAUUACGAUGUUAAUAUGUUACACACUGGCUACAGUCACGAUCUCGGGUUCUCCAUUAUUGCAAAAACUAUCGUCAAACUGGACCAGGGACGUGGCAAAUGGCCCUUGUUGUAUUAUGCCAAUUUGUGUAAAUACCACACAAUGCUACCAAACAAUAAGUUGUGGAUAUCUCUGCACAAAGAAAGAAUUUGCUUUAAGGAAAGAACACAUUUCAACACCAGGAUACAAAAUAAGGGUAUCAUAUUUCAGAAGAGAUUGUCAUUUAGAAGGAUGUAUCGAGUUGCAAUUUGACUGUGAUCGAUGUCAGAAUCCUGAAAAGCCUGAUUUUAGUAUAUACGGUGUUAGUAAAUUAUGCAAAGAUUGUUAUUAUAAAUAAAUUAUUUAUAUAUAAUAAAAAAAUAUAUUUUUAAUAAAUAAGAAUAAAAACUAAAC